AUGAGUAACAAUAUACAAAUAUCAUCUGUAUCCAUAUUUGGUUUUGAUCCCUAUGUAGUUCGAUAUGGCUCUAUUUUUCUUCUUAUAGUUGGUACAUUUGGUAAUAUUGUUUCAUUUAUUGUAUUUAUAAGUGAAACAUUACGUAAAUCAUCAACAUUUCGUUAUCUUGCAUUACUUUCAUUAAUGGAUUUACUUGUUUUAUAUUCUGGUUUACUUGAUUUAUUUCUUAUGAUUGAAUAUGGUGGAACAUUUUCAUUAAGAAAUUUAAAUCCAAUAACAUGUCGUUUACAUACAUUUAUAACAUAUUGGUCACAACAUGCAUCAUCAUGGAUUUUAUCUUUUAUAUCUGUUGAUAGAGCUAUAGCAACAAAUUGUAUACAAUUUGCAAGAAAAUUUUGUACACCUCGUUCAGCUGAAUAUAUUGUUGGAAUUAUUUUAUUUUUGACUGCUUUAUUAAAUUUUCAUGAAUUAGUACUUCUUCAUUUAGAAGAUGUAAAUCCAAUCGAACAUCGUGAUUUUCAUACAACAUUAUUACCAUAUCAUUCAAAUAUAACAAUACAGGAAUCUUCUAUUUCACAUGGAGUUGAUAUAAAUCAUAAAUUUUACAUACGAAAUAUACAAUCAACAAAUUCAAUCUGUGAUAAUCCUUCAUGGAAUUUUUUAUGUUUAAGAAAUAAACGAGAGUUAUUUGUUUCAAAUUUAACAUCAAAUAAACUUCCAUUAAAAACAAAAAUUACGGUCAAAAAAUGUGCACCUCUAAAAGAUAGUAGAUAUGAACAUUUUUGGGAUCAUAUAUGGGAAUGGGUUGAUGUAUGUCUUUAUGCAUUUAUUCCAUUUACAAUAAUGAGUAUUGGAACAUUUUUCAUAGUCUAUCGUGUUUAUUAUCAACAACGACGUGUAUUUCGUUCACGUCGUUCAGGUAUGAAUAAUUUAAUGAGAGCAACACCGAAUAAAGCAAAAAGUUUAUUUUAUCUUCUGUUUACACUUAAUUUACUUUAUUUUAUUCUUGUCAGUCCAGUUGUAUUAGUUACAACUGUUUUAUUUCGUAAUGCAAACGAAGAACUUGCUUAUCCACGUUUAAAAGCUAUUAUUUAUAUCAUGCAAUAUUGUAAUCAUUCAUUAAAUUUUAUUUUUUAUGGAAUAACAUCACCACCAUAUAGACGAACAUUAUAUGGAUGGUUUCAAUUAUUAAUUCCGCAUUUACCACAAUGUUGUCAAAGAAUAAUUCGAGAACGAUCAAAAUCAAUUCCAAUUCAAACUAAUAUAACAAAGCAAAUUAGUCGUAAUCAAGAAAAAAGCAAGAGAUUUGAUGGUUCGAAAUCUACAAAUAUGACAUUAAAUGGUAGAAAAAAUCUAUUUAAACAAAAAGAAUCUAUUGCUUUAGUACCGAGAUAG